AUGAAGGUAUCAACGGAAAAGCCGCAGCGCAAAAUAUCGAGUGUCAACUUCCGAAAUAAAACUCGAAUUCUAAUAAUGAUUAUUGGGCUGAUUUGUGUGACAAUUGCUCAAAUGAAUUCCCUAACAUUCAAUUUCUCAGUUAUUUGCAUGGAUGAUCUGAAGAUUGCAAAUUCAACAGAACUUCAUUGGAUUCACGAUCAAUCCAAAAUAUCGGCAUUAUUCUCGGCAACCGGAAUUGGAGCUUUCAUCGGUCUCCUUCCAGCUGUGCCGUUGUUGUCCAAAUUUGGUGUCAGAUACAUUCUUACUAUUUGUGGAGCUUGUUCUGCUGUUGGUACAUUAUUAUUUCCUGUCGCAGUGGAUGCACAUUUCUAUUUUGCCUUCUUAUGCAGACUUCUACAAGGCCUUGGCAUCAGUAUUAUUUUCUCUGUCAUCGGAAUAAUUCCAGUCUACUGGGCGCCAAAUAUGGAAAUGGGAACAUUCUUAGCCAUUCUUUCUUGCGCACUUCAAUUCAGCAAUAUCAUUUGCAUGCCGGUGUCUGGAAUUUUGUGCGAGUCAUCAUUCGGAUGGCGAUCGAUAUACUAUUCAUUUGGAGUUGUCACCAUUAUAUUUUAUGCAAUCUUCUUUUGGUUUUACGCUGAUGCUCCGAGAGUUCAUAGAAAUGUAUCCGAGAAAGAGCUGAGUCGAAUAGAGAACGGAAAAGGAUCCCAACAACGAGAAGCAGUUCCCUACAUCGCAGUUAUGACAGACCUCACAGUUCUCAUGUGUUGGCUGUCAGCUUUUGGCGGCCACGUCGGCUUCUAUCUCCUCAUUCUUUACGGCCCAACGUAUCUCAGAGAAGUACUUCAUUUCGAUGUGACAUCUACUGGAUUCGCCAGCGCGCUGCCAUUCAUAUUUUCCGCAAUUGUCAAAGCAUUAGCUGGACCACUUUCUGAUCGAUUAGUGUUUGUUUCGGAAAAAGCUCGAUUUACGAUCUGUUUGAUAGUUUCCCAAUUUGGUAUGGCUGCGGCACUUGUCGUCAUGGCUCUCACAACGAAUCGGACUGUUGCACAAAUUGCUUAUACGUUAGCAAUAACAGCAUCAGGAUUAAAUGUAAUGGGCUUGCUCAAGUGUUGCCAAAUAAGAGCCUGCCAGCAUGUUCAUUUCGUCAUAGCGUUCAUCUCAUUUUGCGUAUGUGUCAUUCAAUUCGACAACUCACCUGAUCAGUGGUCUCGUCUCUAUAUAAUAGUUGCAAUUCUCGUCGUCGUCACCAAUAUUCCGUUCCCAUUCUUCACUUCAGAUCAACCGGCCGAAUUCACAAAAACGAAGAAUGCAAAGGAGCAAGAUAUCAGCGUUUAA